CCCUCACGCGCUCUACCGCAUUUUUUAAUUCACUUCCCUUCUUGAGAUCAUCUCUCUCUCUCUCUCUCUCUCUAGACUCUCUCUCCAUAAUCCUUAGAUUUACGGAGAAGACACACACACACACACACACAGAAAGAGAGAGAGAGCGCUUGGUGCUUCAAUCGCUGAUGGCACUGGUCACAACUGCAGAAGUUUGUGAUGCAAAUCCACAACUAAUUGUGAGUGGUGAGCUCCGGGCACUCCAGCCGAUUUUCCAGAUUUAUGGUCGACGCCAAGUCUUCUCUGGUCCAGUAGUGACCCUUAAGGUGUUUGAAGACAAUGUUCUGAUCCGUGAAUUUCUCGAGGAGAAAGGUAAUGGCAGAGUUCUUGUUGUAGAUGGUGGUGGCAGUCUGCGAUGUGCAAUAUUGGGAGGAAAUCCUGUUGUACAAGCUCAGAAUAACGGGUGGGCAGGUAUAGUGGUUAACGGCUGCAUUAGGGACGUCGAUGAGAUUAAUGGAUGUGAUAUUGGAGUUAGGGCUCUAGCUUCUCAUCCUAUGAAAGCCAAUAAGAAGGGGAUGGGGGAGAAACAUGUACCCAUAGCCAUUGAAGGGACAAGAAUCUGUGAUGGUGAAUGGCUUUAUGCAGACACGGAUGGGAUCCUUAUUUCUCGAACUGAGCUAUCUGUCUGAGUAAAGAUAGCCAUUCAUGGCAACUAAGUUAUAUUAUAAUGGUUAUUUGUAAGCUUGUCCUCUUGAGCUGGUGCUUGAUUUUAGAAAAUUGUGUAAAAUGCUAUAAAUUUGCAAGAAUGAAGUAUGGUGUUCUGUUUGGCA